CGAAGGAACAGAGCGAAGGAUGAAAGCGAACACUGAGCGCUGCGGCAGAUGAAAGACGGCGAUAGCGAAGAGAGCGCGAAGAGGAAAGCGGAGGAGGAGGGUAUGGCGAAAGCGUGAGAAGAAAGGCGUAGUGCCAUGCAAGGCGGCCUUUGUGGCGAUGACGGCUACGAGAUGGCGCCAGAGAAGCGUGCGUCGUCUGUAUGGAAACAAAGCGCUGCAUGAGCGGAGGUCUGUCAGCGGUGGCUGCUGUGAAUCGCGCCCAUGCGUCACCCACGCGCUGCCUUUCGCGAUCUCCCUAUUAGCGAGACAGUCGCAUCACUCAUCGCUCCGUUUGCAACGUGCCGCAAGAGACAGAUUGUCCGCGUUCAAAUGUAGCAUUAGGGAGUAUCGCCGGGGAUUUUUUUUUUUUUGCACUGCUUUAUUCAAGAAUAGACUACCAACUUGCCCAGCAAACCAGCCUGUUGAAGUAUAUUACUGGUUCCUUGGGGACUUUUCCGUGUAUUAAUUCUUGAUCACAGAGCUGUGUUCGUCUUUUUUACCUUUAUAUCAAGUCUUAUUUUUUGCGCGUCUAGCCUCAAGAAUAGAAGAGGCAAUUUAUCUGCUAAGAAUGCAAGACUCCAUCGUACUCAUUCGAUGUGACAGCACGACAAACGCUAACCGCAUGGCCACGCAAACAUAAUUUCGGAAUGCUAAAUGUUCAUUAUGGCCAUAAUGAAACUAGAUCUUUUUAACACCACCAACUUGUUGAGCAGAGGCAACAUACGAACAUCGACCGAACGAUCACGUCUCCGCAGCGCCAUUCUUUCUGUUCGUUGUAAGGCUCCCUUCAAAAGGUUUACCGAUAGCGAUCCCGUUUCUUUUCGCCCCACUACACCUACUACACUCCUCUCAACAGCGCAGCGGCCGUCGGAGCUGCCGGCGCGGACGCUGUCGCGCUUUGUUUUUGUGUACUGUCACACAUGGUUAGGAGCCUCCGGAGCUCCCGCGACUCCUACACAGGUCAACAGUGCUUUCGAUUUCUGCCGCUGGAGGGCGAAGACCCUUGCCGCUCUUCCCUUGCGCUUUCCUCCUCGCCUUCGUCUUAAACGCUCCAAAACAUGGCGGCGGGCCAGCGACGUGCGUUAUCGGCGGGUUCUCAUUUUCCAAGCGACGGCUGAAUGGGUACGUAAUGGCUGAGGGAGCCUUCUCUUUCAUUGGUGCCACCCUCCCCUGGCUGCAGCAUGGCUGAGGUCAGGCGUUCAGAAGUUCUGGCUGCAUCACGGUCCCGUACGGGAUGGCUUGAUGAACCCCCUCCUACAUCUUCAUCUCCUACAUCUCCAGCAAAGCCCUUCAUUUCAAGUCUGCGCUCAACUUUUGAGCAACGAACGAACCAGACACAAGAUGGUGCUGAGCGGCGACGUGUGGCACCGGCAGGCUCCAAGGCAGGGUCUAAGGUCAGCUCAAUUGCAAAUAUGUUCCAGGCCCGUGAUGAUUGCAAAACUGCCUCCAAUGAAUCGCUCUCACGCACGUCCCCCCUAGAGCCAAAUAUAACCGAGGCAGCAAGACCGUCGGGACCGCCAACAUUAACACGGAGUGACAGUCAUGUUGCACGGUUUUACAAUGCGCGCGCCAUGUUUGAGCGUCUGCAGGAGGCAUCCAAAAAGCCCCAGCCUGUGUCAGGGCGCAAAGGAAGUGUGGCCAGCUCACCAGCUAGCUCUCCAUCCUCUGCCACACCUGCCACAUCAUUCCCCAAAUGGAACGACGAGGGGCCUGCCGAGGAAUGUGCCCAAAGCCUUGUAAAUGGAGACUCCCAGCACAGUGCCAAAGGCAGUACUGAGGCAGUCAGUGACCCUGCCAGAAAUGGGCCCAGUUCUGCCAUCUCCAAUGGUGUUACAAGGCCGGAGCUGCCAGAAAUAUGUGCUGGAAAAGAUGCUGCAGCCUCCGAAGCUGAAACUCCUGUUAAGGUGCCGCAGCACAAAAAGCCAUCAGCACCACCACGGGUGGAAUCAUUGAGGCGGUCGUCUGAAGAUGGUCUCUUGCAGGCAGAGCUGCCUCGACCACCUGAAGAAGCCAGUGUGGUGUCGCAGGAACCUCCAGUCCCCCCACACAGUCAACCUGUGGGUGAAGAAACAAAUCAAACUCUGUCGUCUGCUCAAAGUAGUUCUAGUUGUUCAUUGGACUCGGGGACUGGGGAAUCUCGAAUUUCAGACCACGCAAAUGAACAAUUGGAUGCACCUUUGCCAAAAAACUCAGUGCCUGUAUGCUCAAACAAACCACAGCAGGAGCAUAGCACAGCACACCUAAAAGAAGAUAGCCCGCUCUGUGCUGAUCCCAGUAAAACAAAAGAAGGAGAAAAGAGCUGGGGAGCUUCAGAAGGAACUGACAGUGCCAAACAGCCCUCUGGUAGUGUGUUUGCUCGGACCAACAAUAGCAAGCCACCGUUGCCUUCUAAACCUCCGGUGCUCCAUCACGCUUCUUCCAAGCAUGACUCCUGUCCCUCAGUUGAAAUGGAUGAUGUGCCUCAUUGGCCUCAGCAAGAUUAUGUUGGCCACAAUGGGAUUAGUGAGCCUCCUUCCAACAGCGUUCUUCUCUAUACGCUAGCAGCUGCAUCAGGAAGAUCUACCAUGCUUCUACAACAGGACAGUGUCUGCCAUGACAAGUACAGCAACAACAGUGGUUUAAAGCAUGCCGCGGGUGAAACCUUGGCAGAGCUUGGGACGCGAGAGCAUGAAUUAUUCAACGUUGAAGCAGUCAUAAAUUCUCGCUCGUACAAAGGGGAUCCAUUUGGAGAUAUUAACCUUGAUGCCCAAGUGGACGGAAGUGGUGUGGAGUUCAUGACACAGGAAGAGGCAGAUAAGCUACUUAGUUCGAGCCGGCAACAAGAAAUACUGAGUGAUGAAGAAGCCCAAGAGGUACGACGGCUGCUUGUACUGCGAACACCGUCGCCAACGGUGGCUGAAGAGGAGAGUAGGCCACCCAGUGUAGUGCUGUUGGAGGAGGAGGGCGUCGCCUACCAUGUGCUGCCAGAUGGACACUUCUUUACUGAACAGCCUGGCCUGGCAAGCGACGAGGAGGAAGAGCCGUAUCCAGUGCCCUUCCAGCCGCGCCCUUCACGCGUCAAAUUCAGCACAGAACCCAUAAAGGUUUUCAGCACGCAUUCAGUUGACGAGUAUGACAGACGAAACGAUGAAGUGGAUCCAGUAUCGGCGUCAGCAGAAUAUGAACUUGAAAAGAGAAUCGAAAAGAUGGAUGUGUUUCCUGUUGAACUUGUAAAAGGGCCAGAGGGGCUGGGUCUCAGCAUUAUUGGCAUGGGAGUUGGUGCCGAUGCUGGGUUAGAAAAACUAGGAAUUUUUGUCAAAACUAUUACAGAGAAUGGAGCUGCCUACAAGGACAACAGAAUUCGUGUCAAUGACCAAAUUAUAGAAGUGGAUGGAAAAUCUCUUGUCGGUGUGACACAAGCCUAUGCUGCUUCAGUUUUGAGAAACACAUCUGGUCUUGUUCGGUUCUUGAUUGGGCGUGAGCGGGACUCUACAAACAGUGAGAUAGCGCAGCUGAUCUACCAGUCGAUUCAGGCAGACAGGGAACGGGAGGCCCGGCUCAAAGGCGUUGCCCAGGAGGUAAUGCCUGGUGGUGGGCUGGACUCCCUUGCUUCGACUCCUGAUGACGAAGUGGAUGAAUUGGCCCCUGGUGCCAGCUUCGAGCUUUCAAAUGACAGCAGUGAUUCCCUCUCGCCUGAUGCUGACCCAGAUAACUUACGACUGCGGUUCAAGGAAACACAAUACCGUCUGGCAGUGGCUGAGGCAGAGGCACGGUCGGUGCGUGAGCGACUGUCAUUGGCCGAAGGCGAGCGGCGAGAUCUGGGCCGUCUGCUGGAGGGGGCCCAGGGACGGCUGCAGGAGGCUGAAGCAGCGGGCCAGGCACUGCGCCUGGAAGCUGCCCAGCAGCGCCAAGCAGCCCACGAGUUGCGCGAGCGUUUGGCUGCUCUCGAGGCCAAAUAUGCUCGUGCCAAGCGCUUGCUGCGUGAUCUGCAACAGCGUGCCCAUGAGGCUCGCCAGCGUGAAGAAUACCACCUGCAUCAGUUGCACGAGAAGGAUCACGAGUACAAUGCUCUUGUCAAGGCACUCAAAGACCGGGUCAUCCUGCUUGAGAACUGCCUGACGGAGACACAGAAAGCAGCUGGUGUUCCUGUGCAGUUACCCUAUGAUAAUACAAUGAAACUUCUUACACCUCAAAUGAAAAAGCGAAGGCCACCACCUCCUGCAGUUCCUCUUUCGGAACUGGACAGUGAUGAUUGCCUGAGGUGUGAAUUGAGCCCUGAUGAAGUUUCUGGCGAUCAGCGGAGAUCAACAGUGGAGCGGCGUGGCGCGGGCGAUGCAUUUGAUCGAGCAGUGCCUCAUACUGAGCUUCUGGAUUCGACUGCUGCCAAAGCUAAGGCUGAGCUGGCUGCCAAGGGCAGCCUUGCGAACCGACAGCCCCCUUCUGUGUCGGCUCUCAAGAAACAAACAAGCACUGACCUAGCUUCUCCUGAUGAGCAGCAGGAUCUCAACACAUCUAUCAACAGCACAGGGUCAGAGACAUCGAUUCAAAGCUCAUCACAUUUAUCUGACACAAGCAACGCAUCAGACUCUUCACCUACUAGACCUCUGUCCCAGCAGCUUGGCGAUGACUUUAAGUCAGCUGUUCUUCAGUGGCAAAAUAGGGAUUUUUCUCAGAUCUUGUUAAAGUAAUGGUCUAAAAAAAUUGCUCCCAACAGUCAGUAACAUUUUCUUUUAAAUUCAUAAACCUUGUCAAAAUCGGUUCCAUAUAUGCCGAGCAAAAUAAAAUGAUUUCUCCGUUUUCAUGUCUUUAAAUAGUAUCUUCCGAAGUUGAGCCCCCUCUAUAGGGGGUCCUGAACCACUUUUCAUCGAAGUUAAU